AUGUCAAUAUUUCGGAAUCUUUUGUCAUGCAUUUCUACUGAAAAUUUCGCCUCAGCCUAUGUGAAUAAUCCAUUACAGGCAAAAAACACCUUUUCCAAUAAAACUUGUAUUAUAUGCCAUGAGUCAGUAGUUACUUGUUUAAACAAUAGAUCAAAUAAAUGUUACAAAUAUUCAAGUAAUCUACUGGGUACGCCUACAAAACACGAACAGUCACCAGGACGUCAAAAUAUUAAGACAACUCAACCAGAAACAAUGACGACAAUUUGUGUCUCAUGUACAGAUGCGAUCAAUAAUCCUCUUAACGACAGUGAGAUUCACGGUCUAACAAGUCCAUCCUAUCGAAAUAGUCUAACACAUCCAUACGACACUGACACUACAACGGUAACCAUGGCAACUGAUACAUUGAAUGGAAAUCAUAACAGUGCUUCCACAAGUCUUCAAUGCUCUAAAUUUCUUGGUCGUUGGAUUGAUUACUGUCCAAUUCUAUGGGGUCAAAAAGCCUCGAUGGGUAUUAAAUCAUCAUCAGCUGCCACUGAAUGGAUUACAACUGCAGCAACUGCUACUACUACUACUACUGCUACUUCGACGGCUAUGACAACAACUCGUUUAGAUACUCUACAUCAAUCGUAUAUCAUUUCACAAAAGACUCAGCAAGAAUCACAAAAUGAAACAAGUGAGCAAAAUAAUGAAGACAAUACGAACGACUAUAUCAAUUCUAGUACGAAUGAAGAAUCUAUUGAAGAGUGUUAUAUUCCUGAACCUGUAUUCAAUUUGUUUUUACAUUUAGCACAAAAGGGUGUCUAUGCUAAAGAUUUAUUUCGGCGUCCAGGAAAUAUGGCUCAAAUAAAACAUAUACUACACCGUUUCGCAUCUAAUCAUACGAUCGAUUGGAAAGAUUACAACAUACACACUGUGGCGACUGUAGCCAAACGUGUUUUGGUUAAUAUACCCAAUGGUUUGAUUGGUUUAAAAGGUGAGAACCAACUUCUUCACACUGCUUUAUUAACACAACAACAACAACAUGACUCAAUCCAGGUAAAAACUAUUCGGAGAACUUUCCAGUCUACCCUUGGUGUCAGUAGUACUGGUGUGACUUCUAAAAGUUCGUCUGAACCCGCAAAUAAUUUACAUGGGAAAACAGAAGAUUGUAUGAAUACUGCCACUAUUACAUCGGUCCAACAAUCUCAGCUAAGUGGUAAUGAUAAUGGUGAAAAUCAGACGGUAACAGAGUGUACAAAACAAUCAGAUCAAAUCGUACGACGAGCCACAGUUAUUGCAAAUAUUCAAUCCGACAAAGAAAUAAAUAUUAGUCUUCUAUUCUCGUAUGGUUCAAUACAACAAAUUUACCAGUUGACACCUAUUGAUCUACAGCGUGUACAAGUUUUUCAAAGUAUUUUAAGAGAUUUAACUUCAGCACAUCGACAGUUAACCAUCAUGAUUUUGGAAUCUGAUAAGAAUAGCGAUGAGUUUCCAAAAAUUCCAUUGCUUAAAUUAGCUGAAGGUGUUGUAAAAUCUGUAGCUGGUUCAAUGUUUCACACGUGUACAUCAUCAAUAUUGUUAAUUGAUCAAACAACACAGGUACUCCAAUCCUUGGUACUUUGUUUCCCUGUAGUUGAUAAAGAAUUCACACAAUUCUACUGGGAUGUUUUAAAUAAUCGUUAUAAACUAAGAAAGUCAAAACAAACUGGUCGAGGUGCUACAAAGAUAAAUAUUUCAAAAUCAGUUUACUCAAAAUCUCCUUGUUCAGCUCGUUUCAUCAAUGCUGCUGGUCGUUUAUUUUGCUUUACAAAUGCUAUUGAUGCUACUGCUACUGCUAAUAAUAAUAAAAAUAGUUCAAAUAACAUGCUGUUAUCUUCACCAACAUCAAUAUCAUCAUCCCUGAAACAUUUCUGUUUUCCAUUGAAAGACCUAAGUCAACUACAAAAAAAUAGACAAUCUUCACAAAUUUAUAGGGAAUCAUCUAUUGAGUCUUCAUUAUACCAGAAUGUUAGUAAAGCAGUAGAAGAUCAAGAUAAAAUUAUGGAAUCGAUAGUUGUUCAACCUGUCCAGUCGAUUGCAUCAUCUGUACAUGCAUCAGAUUUAACAACUAUUGAAAAGAAUGAUGUUAAAUAUUCUUCAUAUGCUAAAGCAGAUGUACACGAAACUAGUAAACUGUUAACAGAUGGAAUGAAUACAGCUUCUUAUUCUACUGGUACAAAUCUUCGACGUAAUCAAAGUCGUUAUCGUUCACUGCGUAGACGACAAAUGGAGAAUUUAACAAGACGUGCUGAAUGGUUUUUAUGUCCUACUACACUGCCUUCAUUAUCAUUCACUCCAGAUGGAUUAAAACAUUUACAUGAAAAUAUAUCAGUUUAUGAUACACAUUCACAAACAGCUAUGUCAACAAUAUCAUUAUUGGAGAUGCAUCGUAAUAUGAAAGAUCAACUAACAACCGAUAUAUAUGUAAAUUCUGAUCUAGUACAAGUUGUCAGUCCAAGAAUUCUAUUCACUUCAUCAACAAGUGAUUUAAUUCAGUCUAAUUUUUCUGUUCAGCAAACUGAUCCACGUGUAACCUUGUCAGUAAAUGAAGACUGUCGUACUAAAUUAUGCCCAUCAUUAUCACCAGUGUAUGGACAUAGUUUCAGUAGUCUUAUUAAUUCUCCAUCACCACAAUUCUUUGUAGUUUCUCAAUCGAAUAAUUUAUUCCAACAUUCCACAAAAUAUAAAGAUUGUGAACCAAAUACUAGCGGUUAUGAACAAAGCGUAACUACGCAUUCCUUUUUAAUACCUACUGCAUUGCCUAUAAAUUCAUCUGUUGACCCGCUUAUAUAUCAUCAUAUACCAAUGCAUUCACUUUCACAUGAUCGCACUGAGGUCAGUAAACUAACUGCUCUCAGUGGUCCUGAUCUUCUGCAAUCAACAAGUUAUGAAAGUUUCCCUGCUCUCACAUACUCCACUUUACUUCAUUGUAUGCAUUCAGAUCUAGAGGAGAAGACAAAUAAAAGAGAAAAUCACACAAGUAAUAAUAAUAAUAAACGUGUAAACAAUGAUGACAUGACAAGUAAUGUUCCCGGUGAUCCAUCUGUUAUUACUCAUGAUGAUAUCGAUGAUGGUCAGUGUGAAUUAUUCAGCACCGCAGUAAAGUCUCCCACUAUAUGUCUUGGUAUAACGUCUAAGUCAGAUAUGCGCAGUUCUGAUUGGUCGAUCGAUCAACCGGUUCUAAGUGAAAAUUUACAUCGUCGUCGAAGUAGUGCCUUGACUACAUUAUACAUACCUAAAAAGUGA